AUGCUGCAGUCUUUUUUCAUCAGCUCGCCACACCCAUCAUCUUAUCACAUCUAUAUCACACCAUACAUCAUUAUAUCAGUCAUCCUCUCAGCACAUUCAUCUUCCCCUCCGAGCAUCCAUCAUCCUCUCAGCCCACACAUCAUCCUCUCACCGUAUGCAUCCAUCAUCCUCUCAGACCACACAUCACCCUCUCACCAUAUGCAUCCAUCAUCCUCCCAGCCCACACAUCAUCCUCUCACCGUAUGCAUCCAUCAUCCUCUCAGACCACACAUCAUCCUCUCACCAUAUGCAUCCAUCAUCCUCUCAGACCACACAUCAUCCUCUCAUCAUAUGCAUCCAUCAUCCUCUCAGCCCACACAUCAUCCUCUCACCGUAUGCAUCCAUCAUCCUCUCAGACCACACAUCAUCCUCUCACCAUAUGCAUCCAUCAUUCUCCCAGCCGACACAUCAUCCUCUCAUCAUGUGCAUCCAUCAUACUCCCAGCCCACACAUCAUCCUCUUACCGUAUGCAUCCAUCAUCCUUUCAGCCCACACAUCAUCCUCUCAGCCCACACAUCCUCCUCUCAGCCCACACAUCAUCCUCUCAUCAUAUGCAUCCAUCAUCCUCUCAGCCCACACAUCAUCCUCUCAUCAUAUGCAUCCAUCAUCCUCCCAGCCCACACAUCAUCCUCUCAGCCCACACAUCAUCGUCUCAGCCCACACAUCAUCCUCUUAUCAUAUGCAUCCAUCAUCCUCCCAGCCCACAUAUCAUCCUCUCACCGUAUGCAUCCAUCAUCCUCCCAGCCCGCACAUCACCCUCUCAGCCCACACAUCAUCCUCUCAGCCCACACAUCAUCCUCUCACCAUAUGCAUCCAUCAUCCUCCCAGCCCACAUAUCAUCCUCUCACCGUAUGCAUCCAUCAUCCUCCCAGCCCACACAUCAUCCUCUCACCGUGUGCAUCCAUCAUCCUCCCAGCCCACACAUCACCCUCUCACCAUAUGCAUCCAUCAUCCUCUCAGCCCACACAUCACCCUCUCACUGUAUAA